AUGGCCGAAAAAGUGAGAUACUUCUUGGAACAAUCAGUUCCUGAGCUCGAGGACUUGAAGAACAAGGGAUUGUUCGACAAGAAUGAGCUAACCAUGAUUAUGAGAAGAAGAACCGAUUUUGAACAUCGUAUUCAAGGCCGUGGAUCCAAGCCAAGGGAUUACUUGAAAUACUCGGAAUUUGAAAUUAAUCUUGAUAAAUUAAGAAGUAAGAGAAGAGCUAGAUAUUUGAAGGCUGGAAUGAUUGAAAAGAAAGCUACUUUGAGUGAUUGGGCGGGUGUCAGAAGAAUUAUGUUCAUUUUCGAUAGAGCAACAAGAAGAUACCCCGGAGAUUUGGAAAUUUGGGCACAAUACUUGCGAUUCGCCAAGUCAUGCGAUGCUAUCAAAGUCAUUUACAAAGUAUAUUCUCGUUUGUUACAAUUGCAACCAAGAAAUGUUGAUGCUUGGUUAUCUGCUGCCAAAUAUGAAUUUGAAAAUAAUGCAAAUGCCAAAGGUGCAAGAGUUUUAUUCCAAAAGGGUUUGAGACUUAACCCAGAGUCUUUGGAAUUGUGGUUAUCAUAUGCUCAAUUUGAAUUAACUUAUAUUUCACGUUUAUUGGCGAGAAGAAAAGUCUUAGGUUUAAUUACCGAGAAGCAACAACAGGAAGAGUUCGAUCACGAAAAUAGCAAACUUCAGAAAGCGAUCGAUAAGUCUACCGUCGGAGAAGGUGAUGAAGACAUCAAUAAUGAUAAGAUCGAUUUGCCAGAUGAUGAAGAGAUGAAGGCAGAAUUGAAUCACUUACCAGAAGCUGAUUUGAAUAUGUUAGGUAACCCUGAAACCAAUCCUGCUUUGAGAGGUGAUGUUGCAUUGACAGUUUUUGACUUAUGUAUCCCAGCCAUUCUUGAAACCAUUCCAAAAGGUUCGACGGUCAUUCUUGCUAGUGACAAGACCUUUGAAAUCGUGGAGAAGUUCUUGAACUUAUUUGACAAGUUUGCCGACUUAAACAGGGAUUAUUUGUACGCACACGUUUUGGCCUACUUGCAAAAUUUACAACCUCAAGACUUGAGGACAUAUUUAAUUGAUAUCAGUUUACCAGUGAGAACUACGACUACUAAGUCAGAUAACUUAUCGGAGUCAUUACAAUUGUCAGUUAAUAAAUUCAUUGCUUACAAGUCCAAGAUGAAGGAUUUACAAGAAAAGGAUACAUUGACCAAUCUUUAUGUGAAUCAAUUAUCUAAUCAAUUCUUGAAUGGUGAUGAUGAAAACGUUGAUAAGUUGUUAAAGGCAAUUAUCAAGAAGUGUCGUACUAUUUAA